UACAAGGCAACAGAAAGGAAGAGGAGGACGUUCGGUUUGGAUCAAAAAAAAAGUGAAAAUGGUGGGAGAUAUUGCUAAGAGAUGGAAGGAAUUGAGCGGCAAUAGCAAGUGGAAAGACCUACUUGAUCCUCUUGACUUGGAUCUACGCCGUUACAUCCUCCACUAUGGAGACAUGGCUGAGGUCGGAUACGUUACCUUUAAUAGUGACCGCCGGUCCAAAUAUGUAGGAGACAGCUGCUACACUAAGGAAGAGCUCUUUGCUCGUACCGGCUACCUCAAAGCCAACCCUUUCAGGUACGAGGUGACUAAGUACAUAUAUGGAACAUCGUCGAUAAGGUUACCGGAAUGUUUCUUAAUCAACUCAUUGUCAAGGGAAGCAUGGAACAAAGAUUCUAACUGGUUAGGUUACACUGCGGUGUCUACAGACGAAGGCAAGGAGUUGUUAGGGAGAAGAGACAUUGUUGUAGCAUGGCGAGGGACUAUGCAGUUGUACGAAUGGGCUAACGAUUUUGAUUUCCCACUUGAAUUAGCUACCUCGGUUUUCCCUCCUACUGACCCGAAUGAUCCAAAUGACCCUCCUCGCAUUGCCAAUGGUUGGCUGUCUCUUUACACAACCUCUAAUACACACUCACGUUUUGACAAGACCAGUGCACAAGAACAGGUUCAAGGAGAGCUCAAAAGGUUACUAGAAUUGUACAAACAAGAAGAGAUUAGUAUCACCUUUACAGGCCAUAGCUUGGGCGCAGUUCUAUCUAUUUUAUCAGCCACAGACUUUCUCCAUAACGAAUGGCCUAAGACCACAACAAGUCUUGGAGACACGCUUUCUUGUGUCACGGUUUUUGCUUUUGGCAGUCCCCGCAUCGGUGACCUUAACUUCAGAAGACUGGUCGAGUCUCUAAAAAAACUCAACAUCUUGAGAAUUACAAAUGUUCCGGAUCUCAUUCCGCAUUACCCGGUGUUCAGGUUCACAGAUGUAGGGGAGGAGCUUGAGAUCAACACGUUGAAAUCAGAGUACUUGAAACGGUCUCUAAACUUGGCACAUUUCCAUAACCUGGAGGCUUACUUGCACGGCGUGGCGGGGACACAACACAACCAAGCGGAGUUCAAGCUGGAAAUUAACCGUGAUAUCGCGCUGGUCAACAAGGAAUUAGAUGCUCUUCAAGAUAAGUACUUAGUGCCUGGGCAUUGGUGGGUUCUUGAGAACAGAGGUAUGGUUCAAGCGGAUGAUGGGACAUGGAUUCUUAAUGGAGAUAUGGCAAAGAAUGAUCAAGAAGAAGAAAAGGACGAAUGCGAAUUACUAUGAAUAUAUCUAUAAUACAUGUUUAAUUAACAUUCACAAAAUCCUUUUGAAGCAGUAAAAGAACAAGAGAAUGUUACGUAUUCUCAAACAAAUAACGUCUGAAGCACCAAAUCGAGAGAAGAUGAUUAUUUAUGUACAUGGAAAAAGAGGAAGAAGAAGAUCAACAAGGUAUCGUGGAUGUGAACCACUCCAUAACAUGAAUUGGAGCUUUGAUCAACCCUAAUUAUACGAUCUCCACUAGUAUAGUCACGCACAAGUAACAAGGACAUGCAUUGUGUGAGUGAAUAAAUUACAAGCCCAUAGAGUCAUAUUUAUAACCUUCAGAGUUUUGGUUGAGUGUUUAUGAGUUUAGUGAGGAGAUUCAAAAAUCCAUGUCUCCACAAACACAAUGUUGUGCAGCACAGCCUGAGCUAGAACAGUAAAUUCUAACAAUAAACAAGACUGUGCUAGUGAGUAUCGUUGUUGUGGACUUUUGUGGGUUAUUGAAGUAGGUUUACUAAUUGGAUAAACAAUCAUGUUGCCCUGGAAGCAACGUGAGCAAGGCCCAUUUCAUAUUUUCAGAUGCACUCAAUAUAAAGAAUGGCAAGUAUCAGGCAGGCCCAUUUUCUGAAAGAACGACAAUUUCUAAUAUGCUUUCCCAAUAGUGAAACAUAGCUUCAACAAUUAUGUCAUAAAACCUUAAGAUGUCUAACAACCGUUUCAUUGUCCCGUUUUAAAAUGCUGGAAUAACAAAACAAU